AUGUUGGUGGUGUUGGGCUUGGAGUUUGAGCGAUGUCCCACCUGCUUUUGCUCAAAGGCAGUUCAUCGUCAUCGUCGUUGGAAGGCGCGUGUCGUUGUCCAUCCUUCACUAGCCUCAAAUUUCCCCAAGUCGCCCUCGGUUCACCCCUCCACUCCACCUUGGUCUAUCAUCGCAAACCCCAGCUUAAUGAGGAUCACCAUCGUGCAACCUCGUUGGGUACAUUCUAUCCUUUCCGUCCCUCCCCUUUUCCGCCGCAGGGCUUUUCGUCCUUGA